UCUAGGUUAUGUAUACAACUCAUAUUGGAAUUUUCUUGGACAUGUCUUUUUUCUCUUUUGAUAACAAAUACAUUCACUGGCAAUUGUGAAACUGAGGCUAAUUAAGUGUAUAAUUAAAAUACAGUUUUUUUUUCUAUCGAAGAUUCACUUUCAGAUACCAGGUAUGAUACAAAGCUGAAUGCCUGAACAUGAGGGACAUGUUAGCUGGAUUCUCCGUCCUUAUUCUGGUGUCCGUAUGGCCUCACUGUGAUGCAGAAACAGUGUACAUGGAUCGGUAUGGUGACUGCUUUCACGACGGUCCUAUCGAGGUAGAAGAGUCGUACACGAUUCUCUCACAGGGAGGAGAAGCUUACGACACGCUGACAUGUCAGAUGACCUUCAAGGCAGACAAGGGCAGUAGACUGUGUCUCACUUUCCGAUCCAUAAGAAUAGACAAUUGUGGGGUGAAUCUUCAUGUGUUCUCCAAGGAGUCAUCUAAUGACAAGGUUCUGGGGAGCUAUGGGUGCAAAAUGGCUGACACUCCCAACAGCGUAUGCAGUGAUGACCGAUAUAUGACUAUUCUAAUGAAGAAACGUGAGCUCUCCCAUGAAGGAUACAACUUCAAGCUGGAACUCAGGAUUUAUUCCGAAGGUGAUGCCUUUACAGAUGGUGUUGAUGCAUUCAUAGUCAGUAUUGGUAUCAUAGUUGGAAUUGUUGUCAGUGUGAUAGUACUGGUGGUGCUGGCAGCGGUCAUCAUCGUUUGCUGCUGCUGUAAGAACCGACAGUCAGGGUUCUACAGGCAGAAGUCAGCAGCGUCUGGGCGCACUGGAACCACAGAUGUUAUAUUGGAGCCAACUGCCCCACCAUUGCCAGAGGAUCCCCCAGCGUAUGCAGACAUCCCACCUCCCUACACAAGCUUGCCCCAGGGUGGAGACGAUGAUCCCCAGUCUUCACAGCCUUCACCAGAGACACAACACAUGCUUCCACAUACAGAGGGCAAGGACGUUGUAUGACAGUGUCCAUCCAAAGAGACCCUCUACUUCUGUAUUAUCACAUGAUAUUUGGACAGAAUACUAGCAGUACGACUACAGUCAAGGGCAGAGUUGGGUUGAUAUUACUGUACAAAGUAGAGAGAACUUAUAUUUAUUUGAUUCAGAGAUAGCCAAAACACUUUGUUCCAUAUUUGGGCUUAGAUGAAAGAACUGCAACUAAGAGAACUGUCAACAUGAACUAUUCCUAGGAUACAUAAUUUUAUAAUGUAUUGAGGCCAAAUUUAUAUUUUGACUGAUAAUGUAUACACAACUGACCUUUUCUGAAGGUUUAGACUCUUAAGGAAUCAUACCGUCUGAUUUCAGGACCAAUUUACACGUAUGUGUUUUGCGUCCAGUUUUUUGUGCCUAAUAUGAUGUGUUCAUUAAAUCCAUUAUUUAAAAUAUCAUUAGAAAAUCCAUUUAUUUUUUCAUUAACUAUAUGGGGCAUUAAGCACAUACAUUAGUGUACACUGAUCUCAUGAUCCAUAUGAUUGUUUGAUGAAUUAAAUUUUAAAGAGUUUGCAUGUUUGGCAAGCUUUAAAUUAAUUGAAAAAAGCCUUUGUUUAAGGAAGUAGUAAAUUGAUUUUGAUGAAAAUAUCUUGUUUUGCAAGCUUUAUAUUGAUUUUGCGGAAACACUUUGCUUGAAGAUAAACAUGAGCAGAUGUCACCACAAGACCCAGGCUAACCUCAUAAGGCCGAGAUAAACGUUAUCUGUUGCUCACUCACUUACCAUGUCCUUACUCAAACUGUACAGCCUUUCACGUAAUGUUAAUAAAAUGAAUCAUAUAGCUCACUCACUAGCCUCGCAAUUAACUGUUGACGAACCAUUAUACCUUGUAUUGUGAUUUUUUUCUUUGUUAUGUCUCAUCUGUAAUUCCAUAUCAAUUUAUUUUUGUAUGGCUUGGCUCCCACAGUUAGUUUUGAGAGGGAAAACUUCAUACUUCUAUCAUGCGUUGAAAGGGUACAGAUCUAGGGCAGAUGAUACUUAGGUUGUACAGAACUUGUGUCUAACCCAUUUGCUUCUUGUAAACUAGAUGUUAUUGUUUUGUGUUUUAUGAAAUAAGUGAUAAAAUAUGUUUAAAUCAAACGUUGUAUUUAAUAUUUUUUCUACAUUCAUAAUUUAUGUGUCAGGUAAUUCAGUAAUUUUAUAAUCGGCUGUAAUACAAUUAUAUUUGUCUUUGAAUGUAUGUAAUAUUUUUUUAAAGUAGAUUGUUUACAUAGGAUAAUGUUACAUCAUAUCUUACAUUUUUAGAUAUUUAAGUGAAUGUAUAAAUUAUUGAUAUCAUUUAUUAUUUAUCUACUUUGCAUGCUGGUGCAUUGUUUAUGAUAUGCAUAUUGUCCUGAUAUAUGCCUACAAUUGAUGGGAAAAAAAUAGAUUGAUUAUUUAUUUGCUGUUUUAACAUUAGAAUAUUUAUUGUGUUUACGUUUUGUUAAGUUCUGGGACCAAUUGUAUAAAAUUGGGUUACUUAUCUGCAGAUUAUCGUUUCGUUAGUUUGUACAUUAACCACACCAAAUAAUAAACCAGUUUUAUACAGUUGGCUUCUGGCUUUAUUGUAAAAGUGCAAUAGUUGUUUUGGGGAUAAAUAUGAUAUUUUUUGUGAUAUAUUGUGUUUACUGAAUUAUAAUUAUGUUUAUAUAUUCUAGUUCUGUAGGGCAUAUGUUUUCUGUUAUCUGAUUUUCAUAUAGUUUGGGAAACUUUGCUCUACUGCUCUUUACUGCAGGAUACAUUCAAGACUGAAUAAAAUACGAUCAUUCUAAGCUUAUCUCUUGUUUGUGUUGUAAAUGUUGAAGUAUUGCCAAUUUGUCAUAGCCUUGGUGUCGUUAGGGGAAGUCAAGCAUCAGCAUACACAGCAUGAACUUCAGUCAUAACUAAAAAUUCAUUCGAGAUAUUCCUAUGAAAAUUGUGUACAUCUUGCCAGAGACAAUGUGCAAGGCUAAUAAUGCUGACUUGAAUAAUUGUCAAAUUGCAUUUGCAAAUGCCUCUUUUUCGGAGCUCAGCGGCGCUCUUGUUAAUCUUACUUCUUCUAAUGUUUUAGAAGUAUUAUAAUUAAAAUUGUACAUUAAAUUAGUUAAAUUUGAAAACAUAUCUACUUUCAUUGCUUUACGAUGGUUACUAUGUCUAAGCAAGUCGUAUAUUUUACAACUUUGAAAUGUUUAAUUUAUAGAACUAAAUAAAUUGAUACAUAAG